CUAUGACAAUGAUCGACUAUUAUGACAACGUGUAUGGAUGAAUGUGAUAUUUUCACUUGUCCGAUAUGUUUAGAGAAACUGAAAUCUCCUACAACUUUACCAUGUUCACACAAUUUUUGUGAAACAUGUAUCGGCGAGUUUAUAUUAUCAACAGAACGCCAGACAGGGCAUAAACUUUCGAGUUAUCCUUGUCCCGUCUGUAGAUCAGUUGUAACGACUACCAAAAGGGAGCACGAUGCAACGCAAUGUGCAUCCUUGGCACCCCAUUCUUUAACAAUUUCAGCAAAAAUGGACCAAUCAGAAAGUACGAAACAAGAGUGUCAUCUGUGCAAAAAACAAACUAUUCAAAAUGUGGCAUCAUACUGGUGUCGGGAAUGCAGUGAAGCGUUUUGUGACGAAUGCUUGCGACUUCACAACCUUAUGAAGAUUUCUGCAGAUCAUAAAGUUGUACAUAUCGAAAAAAUAAACAAUUGUACUCGUGGGGGCGAGCCUGAUUUCAGUCUAAUAUCCGAUAAAUGUUCAAUUCAUAAUUCUAAAAUAUUGGAAGCCUUCUGUUUUGAUCAUCAGGAACUUUGCUGUUUGCUUUGUUUAACUGCACAUCAUAGGAAAUGUGAAAAUAUCCAGGCUAUUGAAGAACUGACAAAUCUUAACACGGAUGGAAUAGAAUUUUUUAAAUAUGAAUUGAAUGAAGUAAAAGCUAAAGUUAAAGAACUAAUUGAAGAAAAGACAAGCAAUUAUGAAAAACUCGAUAAUUCCUUUCAAGCGAUCGAGUUGGCUGCUAAAGCAUCCGCAGCUUCAAUUAAAGACAGUGUGGAUAUUCUACUGGCUUCAUUUUUAAAGGAACUAGAUAUGUCACGUGAUGCACAAAACACUGUAUUCGAAGCGAAGUCAAAAACUACCGAAAAUCUACUGAGCCGUGUUGUUUCAUUGAUGAAGACCACAGAUUCUGUUCGAGAUAAUGGUACCUUGAAUCAAAUGUUUAUUCAUUUAAAAAAAUCGAAACCUCAAUUAAGAUCUAAACUCGUUGAAACAAGCAAAAUUUUAAAUGUAAAAACAGCCGUGGAAGCGAGAUUUGCCGUCAAUAAAAUAUUCCAUCAAGUAGAAAAAGCAGUAAGUUUCGGACAAACCGAAGUGAUUUGUAGUGUACCAAUUGACCUGAAUGAAUUCGUGAAUUUUAAUCCAUUGGAUACCGGCACAAUAACAAACAUAAAAUUGAGACAUAAAAAAACUCUGUCAUUCGAGUUUGAUGUUAAUACUGUAUGUAUGAUGAACUCGACUAUCUUGGUUGGCGGUGAAUAUGGGGUAUUAAAUGCAGUUGAUUGUGUGACUAGCACAUGUGUUGCGAAAACUACUUUCAACGAAGGUAUAAAAAGACUGACUUGUGACAUCGAAAACCUUACAAUUUAUGUUUCGUGUUAUGAUGCGUACAUAUAUUCUUGCAAGAUAAAACAAAACAGAUUUGUAUUACGUCAAGAAAUUAAAAAUAGCAACAGGGAGGCACUCACUGGUGGGCUUUGCAUCUUUAACGGAUUCAUGUAUAUUAUCGUUAGGAAAAGCCUACAAAUGAUAAAUAUUGACAACAAAGAAAUAGGCUUACAAAAGUGUUUUUACACAGAUACAAACUGUAAUAACAAAUUUACUGGUCUUGCGACUGAUAUAAAAAACAAACGUUUUCUUUAUACAUCCGAUACCGACCAGGUAGUAGCAACAACGAUAGAUGGCACAAAAAUAUUUUCCUACAAGGACGAAAAUAUGAAGAAGAUAGUUGGCGUUGCCGUUAAUAACCAAGGUUGUAUAAUAGCAUGUGAUCUGUCUGGUGCAUUGCAUGCUAUCUCAGAAGAUGGAUAUCAAAGGAAAACUGUGUUAGAUAGGUUUGACAAAAUCAAAGCGCCACAUGAUGUUUGUUUUGAUAAGUCUGGCAAAGUUUUGUUAGUUUGUGGUGAUAGGUUUGUAGAAAUAUAUGAUGUUUUGUUCUAA